UUCGUUAUUUCCUAUCAGGCAAAAAAAAAAGGCAGCCAGAGGGGCCUUUGGGUCAGGUGACGUCACCGAUUCUCUUCCUCGCUGGGGGAAACGUGCUCAGAAACCAGCGUGCUGUGGACUUAAACUCGUUACUUACAAAGUUAAGUGACAGCGGUAAAGCCACAGGAUGGAGUACGUCGAGGCUCCCCCGAUCGCCAGCGAGGGUAGCAUCCUCUGCUGCACAUGCGGGGUCCCCAUCCCCCCUAACCCGGCCAACAUGUGUGUGGCCUGCCUGCGCACCACGGUGGACAUCUCCGAAGGCAUUCCCAAGUCUGUCACGGCCCUCUUCUGUAAGCAGUGUGAAAGGUACUUGCAGCCUCCAGCCACAUGGAUCCAGUGCGCGCUGGAGUCCAGGGAGCUGCUGGCUCUCUGCCUGAAGAAACUGAAGGGCUCCAUGACUAAAGUGCGGCUCAUCGACGCCGGCUUCCUGUGGACAGAGCCUCACUCCAAGAGGAUCAAGCUGAAAGUGACCAUACAGAAGGAGGUGAUGAACGGCGCCAUCCUGCAGCAGGUGUUUGUGGUGGAGUUCACCAUCCAGUACCAGAUGUGUGACGACUGCCAUCGCGUGGAGGCCAAGGACUUCUGGAAGGCGGUGGUGCAAGUCAGGCAGAAGACUUCCCACAAGAAGACGUUUUAUUAUCUGGAGCAGCUGAUCCUCAAGCACAAACUCCACACCAACGCCCUCAACAUCAAAGAGAUCCACGACGGGAUUGAUUUCUACUACGCCACGAAGCAGCACGCCCUGAAGAUGACGGACUUCCUCCAGUGUACGGUGCCCUGCAGGUCAAAGACCUCCCAGCGCCUGAUAUCCCACGACAUCCACUCCAACACCUUCAACUACAAGAGCACCUACUCCCUGGAGAUCGUGCCCAUAUGCAAGGACAACGUGGUGUGUCUGCCCCCGCGGCUGGCCCAGAGCCUGGGCAACAUGGGGCAGGUGUGUGUGUGUGUCCGGGUCACCAGCGCCAUCCACCUCAUUGACCCGCGCACCCUCCAGAUUGCGGAGGUGGACGGCAGCACGUACUGGCGCUACCCCUUCAACAGCCUGUGCAGCCCGCGGCAGCUGGAGGAGUUCAUCGUCAUGGACACCGAGAUCAUCAGGGACCUCCAUCUGGGGGCGGGGGCGGGCUUCAGGUCCAAUAAGCAUACGUUGGCUGACGUGUGGGUGCAGAAGACGUCGGAGCUGGACACCAGUCAGCAGUACCACUGCCGCACCUUCCUGGGUCACCUGCUCAACAUAGGAGACCUGGUCCUGGGCUUCGACUUUGCCAACUCCAACGUGAACGACGAAUACCUGGACAAGAUGAAUCCCAACCACCUUCCUGAUGUGGUGCUGAUCAAGAAGAGCUACGACCGCAACAAGCGGGCGAGGAGGAGGAACUGGAAGCUGAAGGAGAUGGAGCGCGACCGCGAGGGUCUGGACGUGGUGGACGAGAGACAAUACACAGACUUCCUGGAGGAUCUGGAGGAAGACGAAGCUCUCAGGAAAAACAUCAACAUCUUCAGAGACACGUCCAGACCCCCCGUGGAGAGCGAUACGGAUGACGAGGGCGCGCCCUGCAUCUCUCUGAUGGAGAUGCUGGAGGACAUGACCCUGGCCGACGCCACGGGAGAGGGCGCCGACAUGAUGACGGACUAGCCCCGCCCCCGCCCCCCCACUCUGACGGGACGGGGGGACGGGGGGACGGGGGAGGCUCGCUUCAUCUCAUCUGUGUGGCUCUUCUCCCUGGAGGAAGCGGUGCCUCCUGUCCCCGGUGUCUCCCACCCAAUCUGGCAACACCGCCUUUCUCCUGGACGUUCAGAGGUGCUUCAGUGCUGCUGACGCUCGGUCGCUCUGCGCCGCUAGGGUGUCUCGUGUUCACCGUACUUCUCCCCCCCCCCCUACUGGGCAAAGCAGGUAACUGCACGUCCGGUUCCCUCGAGGGACAGGAGCUGUGUGGAACUACAUUUGAAUAAGUCAUUUCCCUACUAUCCCUCUACCCAAAUGAAUAUAAAUAAAUAUUUACCCUAC